GCAAUGAAAUCUUUCAUAACUUCAAACCGGUUUCUUAUCAGUUUAUGAUUCUAUAUAUAAUAUUAGAUGAAUUUGAAAUGAUAUUUCACGACACAAAAUGUCAUAUUUACACGAAAGUGGAAAGUUUAUGCAACUGCUUACGUUUUUGAUAACGAUCUCAGUGUCAUCCGGCUUUGUGCUGGUAAACAGCUCCGAUCUUUGUGUUUAUAUGGUCAACCUAAACUGUACUCAUCAUGCAACUGGAACAUUAUGUGGCACAAAUAAAGUAACUUACGCAAACCAUUGCGAGUUUUCUAAGGACGUUUGCCUUCACCCGUCGUUGUCGAUAGAGAAAGCGGGACCAUGUGACCAUGAGAAAGUCGAGCAAGAAAUUGUUCUUGGUAUAGCAUGCGAAUCUCUACUGCUAAUGGAUUGCUCAACCUUCAGAAGUAGCAUAAAGUACUGCGGCACGAAUGGCGUAACUUAUACUAACGUAUGCCACUUUGAGAAGGCAAGGUGCAGCAAUCACAAUUUAUAUCUGAAUCACUUCGGAGAAUGUACUCAUAGUGGUUAACACCUGUUUUGAACUAAAUUAAACUAAUCAAAACUUA